UGUCACUAAUUGAUUAGAUUGUCAAGAAAGGGCGCGAUCUAAUAAAACCGAAAGGGAUUCCGACGACACGCGAUUUCUCAACAAUCUGACGGCGACGAGCAUGCGAUUACUUUUCGAAUUACUGUAUGUCAAGGGGGACCAGAGGAGGAGGAGGACCACGAAUUCAAGGCAGGAACUAUGAAAGGAGAAGGAGAAGCGAGGGGCGGAGAGCAGUCGUGGGCAAAACGCGACGACCAAGGUGGAGGACCUAGCAGAACCAGAGGAGAGGGCCCAGGACCAGAGGCGGGACCAGAGCAGAGACGAGGACUGAGUAAGACAACAGGAGGAGAGGAGGGCCCAGAACCGGAGGCGGGACCAGAGGAGAGACGAGAACUGAGCUGAGUAAGACACCAGGAGGAGAGGGCCCAGGACCGGGGGCGGGACCAGAGGCGGGACCAGAGGCGAGAGGACUGAGUAAGACACCAGGAGGAGAGGGCCCAGGACCAGAGGCGGGACCAGAGGAGAGAGGACUGAGACACCAGGAGGAGAGGGCCCAGGACCAGAGGCGGGACCAGAGGAGAGAGGACUGAGACACCAGGAGGAGAGGGCCCAGGACCGGAGGCGGGACCAGAGGAGAGACGAGGACCGAGUACGACACCAGGAGGAGAGGGCCCAGGACCAGAGGCGGGACCAGAGGAGAGAGGAGGACUGAGUAAGACACCAGGAGGGCCCAAGAACAGAGGCGGGACCAAGACCAGGAGGGCCCAAGACCAGGAGGGCCCAAGAACAGAGGCGGGACCAAGACCAAGACCGUAGAGGAGGGGCUCAGAGGAAUAGUGGGCCGAAAACUAGGACCAAGGUGCAGAUCGAAACUAUAGGAGAGACGUAGAUUAAGAGAUCAGGACCAGGACAGAGAUCAGGACCAGGACAAGCACCGGAGAGGAGGGAUCAGGAUCAGGAGUAGCGGAGGGAGCAGGAGGACCAGAGGAGGAACCAGUAGCAGGACCAGAGGAGGAACCAGUAGCAGGACCAGAGGAGGGAUCAGGAUCAGGACGAGAGGAGCAAGUAGAACGAGGACCAGAGGAGGGACCAGGAUCAGGACGAGAGGAGGGACCCGGACGCAGGACUAGAGGAGGGACCAGGACCAGCACCAGAAGGGACCAGCACCAGGACCACAGGAGCGAGCAGAACCAGGACCAGGGAACUGGCCAAGGCUGCCACUACCGUCUUCCGCCGAACAUAACGCACCCUGAAAAGGAAAAGGAAAGUAUACAAGGUAUGUUUCCGGCCAGAUACAGUCAGAAUGAGGGUGCGUUGUGUUCGGGGGAAGACGGGUAGUUGUACAGGCCCAGCAGUACGUUAAGACCAAGAGAAGAGGAGGAUAGACCAGAGGAUAAAGCAGGACAACCAGGAUCAGCAGAAAGACCCGGACUACGGGACAGAUCACUGUACGAGGAGAAGAUCAGAAUUGGGUGCGCUUAAGGAUACCUCUGGAAGGGACCUGAAUCAGGCCCCUCGAUGAUUAAUUCCGCUGGCUUGGCAUUAUUCGAGCUGAAGUAAUACGGCGGCAGAAGCAGUGAGUGUAAUCUGGUGACUGAGAGAGAGUGGGGAAUAUUGCAGGUGGUGUGACCAAAAGGGGGGAGGGGGAGAAGAUGAGAGAUGGGCGCGACGUCGCAGUUACGUGUACAUAACUUUUUUAUUAUUUUUGUUUUGCCUCCCAUACCUCGUCAUACCUCCUUUCGUCCGUCUUCGCGUCUUUUUUUUUUUUUUUUUUUUUUUUUUUUUUUGUGUGUGUGUGUGUGUGUCACGAUCCCACUUUCUCCGUCCCCUUCUACCCUUCCGCGUGCCCCUCCAUUCUCUCCCCCGCCCCCCCGCGCGCUCGCUCUAUGGGUCGCUAAUCCUAUCGACACCUAUUCGACG